CUUGCUACCAGUAGCAAUCCAGUGCUGAGCCCACGCGCGUGUCACACAAACGCCUCUUACGAAGUGAGUGACAAUUCCGAACAUUCUAACAUUUUGAAGAGCUAAGUGCAGUGAAACUCAAGUGAAGUAUUGUUAUCCGGAUGUUGAAACUUUUUGGUACAUCCACAUGCAUCCGAUAUCAAAAAUGAUUUGCACUUACAACCUCAGACCGUGUCAAAGAUAAUCAUGGAUAUAGACGAGAAGGUAUCAGGUCCUGGUGGUGCGUCUCAGAAGAACUGGACGCACCUCAACACCAGCGAUGAGUUGCCCUUAGACAUGCGUUUCAACCAUGGCCAUAUGGUCUCAAUUACGGUGUACAGUGUGCUGAUGAUGGUAUCAGCCACUGGCAACUUGACAGUGUUAUCGCAGCUUGUUAAGAGAAGAAGAGCUGGUAGAGCUAGCAGGCUGGAUGUCCUGCUGAUGCAUUUGGCUGUUGCCGACCUUAUGGUAACAUUCCUCAUGAUGCCACUGGAGAUUGCGUGGGCUGGCACCGUGCAGUGGCUUGCUGGAGACAUCAUGUGUCGCUUCAUGAUGUUUACGAGGACAUUUGGGCUGUACCUCUCCAGUUUCGUACUUAUAUGUAUCGCUAUUGAUAGAUACUAUGCCAUUCUAAAGCCUCUGAAUGUAACAUGGGAAGCUCGGGUGCGACGAGCCCUACUCAUCGCCUGGGUAUGCGCAGGAUUAGCCAGCCUGCCACAAAGUUUUAUAUUUCAUUUAGAGGAACACCCUGAUGUCAAAGGGUAUUACCAAUGUGUGACAUAUGGAUCUCUUCCAACAGAACGCCAUGAGUUUGCCUACUUUCUUCUUAACAUGGCACUAAUGUAUGUUGCUCCUCUUGUUUUUACUCUGUACUGUUCUUCGGCCGCUUUAUUGGAGAUCAUUCGCAGGGCUAACACUGCUAAUGAUAAAAUGCGACGCAGCGGUGUUGGCAUUCUUGGAAGAGCCAGAGCGCGCACUCUCAAGAUGUCGGUUACAAUCGUACUUGUGUUCUUCACUUGUUGGUCGCCUUACUACUGCUAUUGCUUGUGGUAUUGGAUAGAUAAGGACAUAGUAAACCACCUGGAUCCAGCAUUCCAGAAAGCCAUGUGGUUAUUUUCCUGUACAAAUUCGUGCGCGAACCCUAUUGUCUAUGGUGUGUUUAACAGAAACCGAUGGAGUUGGCGAAGUGGCCCUCAUGCCCGUAAUCGAGGUGGUUGCAUGAGACGAGGUUCUAGAUUCCCUCACGGUGACUCUAUGGAAAUAUCUGCAGCUACUCUCGCCAGAGCUCGAUGCUCACUGCAUAGCCGGCGAGACUCCGCGCGGAGUUUUGUGAUACCAAACGGCCCUCAGAAACAUAUAAAUAAUAAUAACCAGAUAAAUGGCAUUGUUUAAAGUUUAAACUAUAUACAGAGUGUAAAUAUACCAUUGAAAACUUAUAUAAUUAAAAAAAAUGGUUAUCUAUAAAGUCGGUUUACGGACGAUAGUUUAACGUUACAACGUCAUAACAAAUUGUUGAUGAUAUGAUUGCAUUAUGACUAAAAUUGAAUCAUUUUUAUUGAAUUAUCACUAUUCUGUAUGGAUACAAAGGAGUGAAUCGGGACGCAGUCGCAGACGGACAAAGGACUCAUAGGCCAAUCGUAUGGGAGGAGAUAGAUACGGCGCAAGCGUACAAUCCGCGUAAUGGGACAAUGAGUCAGGCUUUUUCAUGCAGUCGUUGUUCAUGGAUUUAUUAGAAGUUGUCACGUCAAAAGAUUGAAUAGAAAGUAAAACAAAAUCAUCUUAAAAUGUAUUUUAACAAAAAUAAACUCAUGUCCUCUUGUGAACGCAGAACGCAUUCGUUUGGCUUUCGCUAAGUUUUGCUUUUCGAAAACAGUUUAAGUACACUCUGUAUCGUUCUCGGCAAUUCUCUAAUUCCAAAACUUGUCAACUUAUUUGCCGGGAAUUUAACAUCACGAAGCAACCAAUUAACUUGUACUAAGUAGCAUGCUUUUGUCAGUAAUACAAAAUAUAAGUUAUUGUAAAUAGAUAGUCUUUACACACUUCAAACAUGAAUGUAAAUAAACAAUAUGAUUGGAGAGCUUUAAAGUACAUGUUGUGGAACAAGUCUCUGAUAAAUAUAUUAUAAGUUUCGUGUAUAUAUGUUAUACCAAUGUGCCUUUUUAGUAAUUUAAAAGGCCUAUGUAUAUAAACGAAUGUUAAGAAUAAUGUCAGAAAAUAGGAUAUUAAUGUUACUUUUUUGAUUUUCUUGACUAAAUCAGAUCAAGUUCAAGCUUCCAAUACACUAUAACUUCUACUUUUUAGAUAUUUAACAAAGAGUUCCAAUAUCGCAAGACAGAAGUUAUUUAGUAAAUAAAACAUACUAUAUACAAAUAACAAUCAAUGUUAACAAUCACCAUAGAUACAAGAAGCUAAAUAUUUUUCAUUAUUUUGGCUAUGCUUUUAACUUUUGUAGCUGUAUCAAAAAUUAUAUUUUUUAAUCAGCCGUUAAAGACAACUUAUUUAAUGGCUAAUUAUGGCUGACAUGUUGAGUCUAUAAUUUUAUGAAUACAUUUUAUCUACUCUAAUAACAAUAAUAAGACCAAUAAUACUCAAUACAUUCCUAUAAAAUGAGAUACAUUUUUAUGUAACAGACUGAGAAACUUCCAAGAAAGUGAAAAGUAGUAAUUAAGUAUAACUGUUAGUUAAGUUUAUUUAAGUUUAGUAACUAUGUUUUAAACGGCUGUGAGGCUAUAAAGGUUAUAAAUCGUAAAAAUAUUUUACAGUUUAGUUUAAAUAAAACUAAUU